AUUCUAAAAAAAAAUAAAGAUAAUAAUAAAAAAAUACUAUAAUAAUAAUAAUAAAAUAUAAAUCAUAAUAUAAAAUGGCAACAGGUAUUAAGAAAACAGUUAAGGUUGUUGUCGUUGGUGAUGGUGCAGUUGGUAAAACUUCACUUUUAAUUUUAUAUACAACUAAAGCUUUUCCUAAAGAUUAUGUACCAACUGUAUUCGAUAACUUUAAUUGUUUAGAAAUGUACGAUAAUAAACCAGUCAAUCUUGUAUUAUGGGAUACUGCUGGUCAAGAGGAUUAUGAUAACCUUCGUCCACUUAGUUACCCUCAGACUGAUGUAUUUAUAAUAUGUUAUUCUGUUGUGAAAAGGGAUUCUUUAGAUAAUAUAAAAUAUAAAUGGUUACCAGAGAUUAACUUGACAAAUGCUGGAACACCUAUUAUUUUAGUUGGAACCAAAACUGAUUUAAGAGAAGAUAAGAAAACAUUACAACAAUUACAAGAAGCCAAACAAGAACCAAUUUCAAGAGAAGAAGGUUUAGCUUUAGCAAAAGAAAUUGGAGCAGUACAAUUUUUUGAGUGUUCAGCAUUAACAGGUAAUGGUGUUAACGAUAUUUUUGCAUCUGCUAUUAAAUCAGCAUUCAACAAACCAGCAGCUGCUUCACCAUCAACCUCAAAAACCUCCUCAUCAAGUAAAAAAACCACCACAACCAGCACUGGAUCAUCUUCACAAUCACCAUCAGCCUCCAAACCAGCAGGUGAAAAGAAAUUAAGUUGGGGCCUUUUCCGUAAAAAGGAUAAAGAUGAAAAGAAAACCACCAAAUAAGAAAAAUAUAAAAAUAUAAAAAUAAAAAUAAUAAAAAAGAGUAAUAACAACAAUCCACAACAAACCAGUAUAAUAAUAAAAACCAACCCAACACACCAACACAUGUCAUAAUAUCACCCC